AUUUAAUAAUAAUAUUUAUGAAAUGAGAUAAAUAUUUUUACUAACAACAAUUAUUUCUAACUUUAGGUAUACUUAAUAUAUAAAAUAUAUUACCAAAAUAAGGAGCUCAAAAUGUGAUGUUUUCUAGUGGACGCUUAUAUAAAUGUGCGAUUGUCACACAGUGUCAUCUCUCCCUCUCCGUCUCCCUCUUUCUAAAAUCUGCGGCACAAAGUAUAUGAAUUAAGAAAGCAACAUGAGUUUGUGGUAUAUCAUAGUUGUGUUCGUCUUCUUUGCAUCUAUAUUCAUUGCAAAGAACACAAGAAAGACAAAGAAGAAUCUACCUCCCGGACCACCAAGACUUCCUAUAAUUGGUAACUUGCACCAAUUGGGAUCAAAACCUCACCGUUCGAUGUUCAAAUUAUCUGAAAAAUAUGGACCUCUAGUGUACCUAAAGCUUGGAAAGGUACCGUCUGUUGUGGCCUCAACUCCAGAGACAGUGAAGGAUGUCUUGAAAACGUUUGACAAAGAUUGUUGUUCGCGAGCUUUUUUGACAUAUCCUGCAAGAAUUUCAUACAAUUUGAAAGAUCUUGCGUUUGCUCCCUAUAGCAAAUAUUGGAAGGCGGUACGAAAGAUGACGGUUGUCGAACUCUACACCGCGAAAAGGGUAAAAUCGUUUCGAAAUAUAAGAGAAGAAGAAGUUGCCUCCUUCGUCGAGUUCAUCAAACAUUCCGCUUCGUUGGAGGAAAUAGUUAACUUGAACCAAACGUUAGUGAAACUCUCUGGGAGUGUAAUUUGUAGAGUUGGUUUUGGAAUCAAUCUUGAAGGGAGCAAACUUGAGAAUACUUAUGAGGAAGUCAUUCAUGGAACCAUGGAGGUGCUAGGGAGUUUUGCAGCAUCAGAUUACUUCCCGGUUAUUGGUGGAAUAAUCGAUAGGAUCACGGGGUUACAUAACAAAUGUGAGAAGGUUUUUAAGGGAACAGAUUCAUUUUUCGACCAUUGUAUAAAGCAUCACCUAGAAGAUGGUGGUAGUAAAGAUGAUAUAGUUGACUUGCUGCUCAAGGUAGAAAGGGGAGAGAUUGGACUUGGAGAGUUUCAAUUUACUCGAAACCACACCAAAGGAAUUCUUCUAGACAUUCUUCUUGCUGGAGUAGACACUUCUGGCCACACAAUAACAUGGGUGAUGACACAUUUGAUUAAAAACCCAAGAGUUAUGAAGAAAGCACAAGCCGAGGUGAGAGAAGUGAUAAAAAACAAAGACAAUAUCACAGAAGAAGAUAUAGAAGGACUCGAGUAUCUGAAAAUGGUGGUUAAAGAAACAUUAAGGAUAAACCCACUUGUGCCACUUCUAACUCCAAGAGAGGCUUCAAAAGAUGUAAAGAUCGGAGGUUAUAAUAUUCCAAAGAAAACAUGGAUCCAUGUUAAUAUAUGGGCUAUUCAUAGGAAUCCAAACGUUUGGAAAGAUCCAGAAGCUUUCAUUCCCGAGAGGUUUAUGGAUAACCAGAUUGACUAUAAAGGGUUGAACUUUGAGUUGUUGCCGUUUGGUAGCGGAAGGAGAAUAUGCCCUGGUAUUGGAAUGGGUAUGGCCUUGAUACACUUGACUCUUAUCAAUCUUCUUUAUCGAUUUGAUUGGAAGCUUCCAGAAGGAAUGGAGGUUGAAGAUGUUGAUCUUGAAGAAUCAUAUGGACUUGUCUGUCCUAAGAAAGUUCCACUUGAGCUGAUCCCGGUCCUCACUCAAUGGACUUGAUUUUAUAUUAUUAUAGUUCAAGAUGUAAUAAUUUGGAAAUAUCUUAAAGUUAAAUAAACAAUCACUUGAGCUGAUCCCGGUACACUUAUUGUCACCACAUUCGAACUCGUGUUCACGAUCCUUUAGCAAGCGUUUGAGCUCACCUUUGACAUAUGCGCGUUUAAUAACAAACACACGAAUAUUCAAACGAAC